AUGUCUACCAUUCUACCGUUAUCCGAGGAACAGCUGCUGACUCUCCGCAACGAUAUCCUGCCAUAUAAGGAGUACACUGAGUACAGCCCAAUGCCCGCCUCUGGAGUUGAAGUGUCUUAUUGUUCAAUCUGCGGACUCCCGCAGGACUUUUGCGAGUUCGGGCCGAGCUGGGAUAAAUGCCGCUCGAGUGCAGUAGCAGCAUACCCUCAGCUGUACCCACAAUAUCAAGGCGAAGGUGACGAGAAGGAUGCUGAUCAACACCAAGGAGAUGCCAAUAGUAGAAUCGUCGAUGAUUCGAAGUAA